AUGUUGUUGGAACGCUGUUUGAAUCACUACCCAUUUCUAGUCGCUUCACUUUUCUUGAACUGCAUUACAUUUUCAUACGCUGAAAUUGUUGACAAUGGAAAAUUGGUUGUUUUGAAUGGCAUCAACUACUAUGCGGGAGGCAUUGCCGUCUCGGCGCUUCUUCCUCUACCAUCUUUCAAUUUGACAUCCACCGAUGGAGACCUCAUCCCACUUACAGUCAUACGGUCGGACAAAGAUAAGUUCACAUAUGGUGACAUGGAAGAAGUCAUCUCGAACUUUACUCAAUCCGAUGAUGUGUUUCAGCAUGGAUUCAUGGAGGUCAUCUUGUUGAGCUAUGACGGAGAGGAACGAGGGCAUAUUGAGAUCCCAAGCCUCGAGCAUACGGUCAUGGUCGCUUCGUCGAGCUAUCAUCCGCAGAAGCAUGUAAUUGGGACAAACCUCAGUAGCCGCAUCCCGCAAGGUCCAUACUUUAUUUCGGCAAGUACUGGUUUGAUAUAUGAAGCUUUUCGGCUCUAUCCUGAUCAUCAAUUGGCCUUCACUGAGGCAGCUAUCAGUGAUGGGAAUGGUGGCUUCAAACCGUUACCAGCAGUCACAGAAGGUGCUAUGACCAAGAGUGUUGCUGUGCCUUCUCGAUUGUACUACUCUUCCAGUUUGGACAAACCUCUAGCCGGACUAAGUCUCGAUGUCAAGGACAUCUUCCACCUUAAAGAUCUUCGGACAAGUGGUGGAAAUCGCGCAUUCCACGACCUAUAG